AUGCCGACAAGAGAAGAAAUACCAUUUGCUCAAACCUCAGGUACACCGGCUGCUCAACCACAGAACCUAGAGCUUGCUCAUCACAAUCAUCCAAUAUACAUUCAUCCUUCAGACACUCAAGGUUCUAUUCUUAUCUCAAUUCAACUUCAAGGUUCUGAAAAUUACUCGAUUUGGAGUAGAUCUAUGAAAAUUGUUCUUUACGGUGAAAACAAAUUAGGAUUUGUGUUAGGAACCUGUAGAAAGGAGAUGUAUGAUGUUAGUCUACACGAGUUGUGGGAUAGGUGUAAUGCAAUUGUGUUAGCAUGGAUAAUGAACACAGUCUCUCCAAGUCUAAUUAGCACAGUAAUAUAUGCUUCUAAUGCAUAUAAGGUGUGGGAAGACUUAAGAGAGAGGUUUGACAAAGUGAAUGCAUCUAGAGCAUGCUAUUUGCAUAAGGAAAUUGCCACACUUGUUCAGGGAGUGUCUUCAGUAUCUGUGUAUUUUUUGAGAUUACAUGAACUAUGGGAUGAAUAUGAAACUCUGGAUCCUCCACCCUCUUGUGGAUGCCCUGAGUCUAGGCAAUAUGCUGAACAUUAUCAAGUUAAAAAAUUGUAUCAAUUUUUGUCAGGUUUAAAUAAGUCUUAUGAGAAUGCUAAGAAUCAAGUUCUCAUGAUUAGACCACUGCCAAACAUAAACCAAGCUUAUGCUAUGAUUGUUAAUGUUGAGAGCCAAAGGAAAACAAGUGGAGGGAAUGCUAGUGGUGUUGGUGCUGAAAUUGGAGAACAUGCUGCAUUCCUAAGCAAUAGAGGAACACGUGGAGGUAGCUACAGACCUAGAAACAACUAUGGGAAUGGGAAGGUUCCCCUUUAUUGUGAAUACUGCAAGUUCAAAGGUCACACAAAGGAUAGUUGCUAUAAGCUACAUGGUUAUCCAGCUGAUUUCAAGUAUAAAAAGAAAGGAGGAGGACGUAACAACUAUGCCAAUAAUUCCAGUUGUCAGGCUGCUGGGAGCUCUUUAACUACACAAUUCUCAUCACCUGCUCAAUUCUUCAUGCCAGAACAAUACUCUCAGAUUUUGCAAAUGCUGAACCAAGGAAAAAAAGUUGAACUUGUAGCCAACACAUAUAAAGUAGGACCUGCAGGUAUUACUACAGCUCUUAUGUCUAAUCUAGUCGACAAUAACUGGAUAGUUGACACAAGGGCUACUAAUCACAUGGUACACAACUUGGAGUUACUUAGUACAUUCAAGGAGUUUACAGGUUUGGAAAUAAACAAAGUACAUCUACCUACUGGAGAACAAGUAACUAUUCAGAAAACUGGUGAUUCGUAUAUUUUUCAAGAUAGAACUCUUCAUAAUGUUCUAUACAUUCCAGACUUCAAGUAUAAUCUAUUAUUAGUCUCUAGGAUCACCAAAGAGCUAAAAUGUCUAGCAACAUUCUUUCCUGAUUUCUGCUUAUUUCAGGAACUCUUCAGUGGGAAAGUGAUAGGGAUUGGUAAGGAGGAUCAGGGUCUCUACAUACUGAAAGCCAGUUCACAAGUACGACUCAAUUCUGAUUCUGCCAGUAAACAUUGUCUGCCUGCCUCAUAUGUAAAUAACUCAUGUGUAAAUAAUAUUUUUAGUUUCAGUACUAAGAAUAAAACUGAGGGUGAACAUACAUCUUGUGAUAACAUAUCUUUGUGGCGUAGAAGACUUGGACAUCCACCCCUGAAGGUUCUGAUAAGCAUUAGUACUCUGAAAAACUUACAUGUGAAAGAUCACAAUUGUACUGUAUGUCCUAUUGCCAAGCAAACAAGAUUGCCCUUUUCCUUAAGUAAUAGCAGUUCUACUUCUGCAUUUGAUCUUAUUCAUGCUAAUAUUUGGGGUCCAUAUAGAGUCCCAACAUAUGAUGGUAAAAGAUACUUCAUGACCCUGGUAGAAGACUACUCAAGAUAUACUUGA